UGGGCUAUUCUCUUCAAGCUGUUCUAUGGGUUGAGGCUUCUCUGUUCAGACUUGUCAAACUAGUUUCAUUUCGACUACCUGUAAUGUGUUUCCUUAUUUCUUGCAGCCACAGACCUGUAACAUAUCUAGAGAUGUCAUACAGCUGAUUAGGAAGUCGAGCGGAGUGGGCGCAGACCUCGAAAAUCGUUCUUCCGCCCGCGGAUGAUGUAUCGAGCAGUAGAAUUUGGCACCCAACGCAGAAGUUUGAAACCAUGGAUGGUGGCCCUUCUCGUUCUGCUAUUACUGACAGUGGUGGCAGUGGGUAUUGGUCUUCUGGCUCACUUCUUGGUCUCUGGCCAGAAAAUGGAGUAUUAUCAUGGCACCUUUAAAAUUUCAGAUCUACAAGUCAAGAGUAAUUCUGGACAAAAUACCCCAUACCAACUUAAGGACUUACGGGAGAUGAGUGAGACCUUGGUGGAUGAAAUAUUUAUAGAUUCGCUGAACAAGCAUUAUAUCAAGAACCAAGUGGUCAGACUGACUCCAGAGGAAGAUGAUGUGAAAGUAGAUGUCAUUAUAGUGUUCCAGUUCCCAUCUGCCGAGCCAAGGACAGUUAGAAAGAGGAAAAUCCGUAGCAUCUUAAAUGAGAAAAUAAAGAACACCAGAGCCUUAUCAAUAAAUGCCUCAUCAGUUGAAGUUAAUGCAAUGAGCUCUUCAACAGGGAGGCUAACUGUCCAAGCAUGUUGUGGUAAACGGGCCGUUCCAUUAAUAGUCAACAGAAUAAUGUCUGGAGACAUGGCAGCCAAAGCUGCCUGGCCGUGGCAAGCCUCCCUUCAGCAUAAUAACGUGCAUCAGUGUGGGGCCACCUUGAUUAGUAAUACGUGGCUUGUUACUGCAGCACACUGCUUUAAGACUAAAGCAAAUCCACGUCAAUGGACCGUUAGCUUUGGAACAACAAUCAACCCUCCAUUGAUGAAAAGAAGUAUUAAAAGAAUUAUUGUCCAUGAGAGGUACCGCUCCCCAGCAAGAGAGUAUGAUAUUGCUGUUGUGCAAUUCUCUCCCAGAGUCACCUUUACUGAUGACAUCCGUCGAGUUUGUUUGCCAGAAGCCUCUGCAACCUUCCAACCAAAUUCAACUGUUUAUAUCACAGGAUUUGGAGCACUUUUUUAUGGUGGGGAAUCCCAAAAUAAUCUUCGAGAAGCCAGAGUGAAAAUCAUAAGUGAUGAUGUAUGCAAGCAGCCACACGUGUACGGCAGUGAUAUAAAAUUUGGAAUGUUUUGUGCUGGAUAUCUGGAAGGAAUUUAUGAUGCCUGCAGGGGUGAUUCUGGGGGGCCUUUAGUUGGAAAGGAUCUUAAAGACACCUGGUAUCUCAUUGGAAUUGUGAGCUGGGGCGAUAACUGUGGUCAAAAGAACAAACCUGGAGUCUACACAAAAGUGGCUAAUUACCGAAACUGGAUUGCUUCAAAAACAGGCCUUUAAUUCACUAUACAAGUUAAACACUGAGAGUUGUAUGCAGGUCAUACAUGUAUAAGAAUCCAAAUAUUCUAUUCAAUGAAGUGAGAUUAAACGACAUGAAUUAUUUCAGAAUCACUUGAAUCAACCAAAAACCCAUAGUCAAUUCAUAAAGAAUUUAAAUCUGUAAAGUAGUGGGUCAGUUUAGCCUGGUUUGAAAAAUACAGCAGAGAUACUUAGCUUUUUAAAUCAUACAAACUAGAGUAUAAAAGAGGAACAGUGAAAAUUUCUGAGGAUAAUCCAUGAGAUUAUUACAGUGUCUUUGUUAGGAAUGUCCCCUAAAGUGAGAAACUUUUUAAAUUUUCAAAGUUCACAAAACCUUUAUAUAAUUUUCUAUCAUUUCUCUAGAGCUCACAAAUACUUUUUUCUUUUUUCUUGUUCUUCCAAGGUUUAAGUGGUCCUCAUUUUUUAAGAAGUUAUAUCUAGGAAAAAAAUCUAUGCUGAUAAAUCAAACCAGAGACCUUCUAAUCUUUGUUUGCUGUGUAAUCACCCUGAUUUUUUUGGUGAUUCCUUCACAAACACACACACACACACACACACACACACACAGAAUACUCCUACCCUCAGAUAUACUCAGAAAAAGCCUGAAUAAAUAAUUAUAUAGAUUAAUUAGCUAAUCAAAAAUGUAUUUUUGCUACAAAAAUUUUGGGAAAAGUGGCAGUAACUUGAUGAGCAGUCAGUCCCAAAACAAUGGCACAAAAAUUGGGCAUUUUAUAGAUGCAUUUACAUGUCUGUACCACCAGGAGGCAGCUGUGUACAUUAUUACCGUAAGGUUAAAUACCUAGAAAUACACGUUGAAGAAUUAACAAGUAUUAUCUUUCCACGGAGAAAGAAAAAGUUUAUUCCUUUGUACUGUUGCAGCCAAUUAUCUCCUAAGGCUUGUAGCAAAAUAUCCUGACUACUCCAACUACUAGUUUUGUUUUGUUUUUUUAAUUUAAUAAACAUAAAUUUUGAGGACCUACCAUAAAGAACACAUGAACAGAGGGAUCUGAAAGGGCAAAUGAACCUCCUAGUUAAAGUGUCUCAUGAAGACAUUUGGAGAGUCCAUGAUAAGAAUUAAAUGAAAAUUUCGUGGAAACUGUUAUUCUGUGUGACAAUGCUGGCUAAACCUCAGGAUUAUAGGCAGGGCAUCAUUUACUCAUGCAGUCCAGCUAUUAACCAAAUUAUUAGAAAGCUGACUUACAUUAUAGUAAUUUCUCUCAUGUACUAUUGAUCAGGCAUAAAAAUAAUCCCAAAAUAAUAUAAAAGAGAUUUAAAAUUUAUUUACCAUAAAAAUUGGUCUAUAACUUAGACUCAUAGAAUUUUAAAGCUCCUCGGGAGAGAAGAUAACUCUCAUGGGCCUAUGUAUAGUUCUAUGUAUUAACAAAACACUUAUUGUUCAGAAAAUGAAACAAAACACUUAUUGUUCAGACAACUAAAGCCAGGAAAGUAAAUGAGCUGGUGAAGCUGUAGGUAAUUUGUAUCCCAGUGGCCCUGAACCCAGGUACCAAUUUCACAUGCCCUUUUCCUUACAAGGUAUACCCUGAUGAUCAUCUAUAUUUACUGAAGCAUCAGCUUUAUAAAAACUUCAGUGAGUUCUACUGAAUUCAUUUUAAAUUAAGAAACUCAAGACUUUUAAAUCAAGAAUUUUAAAUGAUGUGAUUCAUUUAGGCAGCUGGCUGCCAAGUCUCUGAACUCACUUCAAGAUAAUAUUUCUUCACAUGUAGAACUAUACAUAGGCAUAUAAAUUAUUCAAUGUUAUGGUGGUAAGGUAUAAUUCUGAUUUUUAGUAUUAAGACUCAAGAAAUGAUCUGAGAGUUAUAACUUUGUAUUUCUAAACUGUUUCGUGAAACAUUUAAUUCUGGGUCACAUGUAAGCAAAUACUGAUGUAUCAUUUAAAAUCUAAUAAUAAAGUUGGUGAUUAGAGCAUUCUACAAA